UGCCCUUGGCCGGCAGUUGAUAACUUCACAAGGAAGCGACACAAGCUAGCAGAAGCACUGAAGCUCCCUCAUCCAUGGCCAUCUAGAUCUAGGCGAAAGCCCCUGCCUUAGUGCCUUGUGCCCCCAAAGCUCUGAUUUGCAUACGUUGCAUAGAAGAAAAGGCACAAGCAAAAAGCAGUUGAUCUGAACUCCAGAAAACACUGAUCCCGAUACGUUGCAUCGGAGGAAAGGAGGGCAGCAUUUGGAGAUGGCACAAGCAGAAGCACCAUAUCUGAGCUCAAGCUACUCAAGACCGACCACUCCUGAGUUGUAAAUUGUAAUAACUAAAGGACGCUAUUUAUUCUUCUGUGGUUUACGCUGUGGAACAACGAACAAGAAGGCUGUAAGGGUCUGUCCGCAAAGAAGCAUUUCAGGAACUCAAAGGGCUACAGCUAGUACACUUGUUUUCACAGGAAAUUUGGGCACUUACAAAAAGUGGUCGGUAUGGAAGCUGCUGUAUUGUCUGCUGCAGUAUCUGGAGUAUUGAAGAUCGUCGGCAACAAGUUAGCUCCACUACUAGUCAAAGAGUACAGCUCUAUAGUAGGUGUGAACAAAGAUCUCCAGAAACUCCAUGCUCAAGUUGUGGAGAUCAACAAUUGGUUGGAAAACAAAGGAGAUAAAGUUACACGAAAUAAUCCAUCAUCUAGUUGGCUCAAAGAGUGGAAAGAUAUAGCUUACGCUGUUGAUGAUGUUGUCGAUGAGUUUCAGCUGGAGACUGAGAAGCACGAAGUUUGUGGUGAUGGUGGUAUUGUGUACAAAUAUACGUACAAAAACCCAGAAUCAAUUAUAAUUCAAUGCAAGGCAGCCAGCAAGGUCAAGAAAAUCAAGAAGAGACUUGCUGAAUUUGUGAAGCAAAGAACUGACUUCAGUGCAAUAACAAAUAGUUUACUUGCUAGUAAUUCUGUUCCGUGUACAGGCAAGAAAACUGGGGCUAAGCUAUCAUUGCCAAACGUUGAUGAGGCAUCGGUACUCGGAAGAGACCAAGAGAAGCACCAGAUAAUAUCUAAGUUGAUAGAGGCUAAUGACCAACAGAAAAUCAAGAUAGUUUCUGUCAUUGGACUUGGCGGGUCUGGGAAAACUACCUUGGCUCAACUGGUUUUCAAUGAUGGUAACGAUAUAGAGAAGCAUUUUAAAGUUAGACGAUGGGUUCAUGUGUCGCAAGAAUUUGAUGUUGAAGAGCUCAUCAAGAAGCUGUUUGAAGCUAUUAGUGGUGAAAAAUCUGAACACUGUCCCGUGCAGAAAAUGAGCGAAAAAAUAUCAGAAGAGUUGUCCAAAAAGAGGUUUCUGCUUGUAUUGGAUGAUGUUUGGACCGAGGACCGAUUUCAGUGGGAAGAAUUCAUGGUACAUCUAAAGAGGGGCGCACCUGGAAGCGCGAUUUUACUCACUACCCGCAAUAGAAAAGUUGCGGAAACAGUGGGAUCCACAUACCAAUUAGACUUGCCAUUCUUAUCUGAGGAUGACAGCUGGAAACUGUUCCAAAAAAGCUUAGUAGUGCCUGCAAAAGGUUUAGAGGUUGGAUUUGUAGAGGUUGGAACAAAGAUCGUGAAAAAAUGUGGUGGGGUGCCAUUAGCAAUUAAGGCUCUUGCAGGUGUCCUCCAUGGCAAGGAACGGAUAGAACAGUGGCAGGCCGUGAGAGACAACAAUUUAUUAGAUGUUGAGGGUCAAGAAGGUAGAGUAUCUACGUGCUUGAGGUUGAGUUAUCUCAAUUUGCCAUCACAUUUGAAGCAGUGCUUCACAAUAUGUUCAUUGUUUCCUAAAGGUUACCAGAUUGAAAAAGAACAACUGAUUGACCUAUGGAUUGCUCAUGAUAUGAUCACGCCAGUGGAUGAUGGUGUUGAUUAUUUGGAAGGCUAUGAGUGCUUUAAUUCUCUUGUGCAAAUGGCUUUUCUGCAAGAUGUGCAUGAAAGCUAUAAUGGGAGAGUGAGAUGCACGAUGCAUGAUUUGGUUCAUGAUCUUGCCCGAUCUAUCAUGGAUGAUGAAAUUUCACUUGAUGUGCCAAAGCAGCCAGCCAGUUCUACAAAGAACUGUAGAUACUUCUCUUUAACUGAAUGGCCAAGAAAUUAUCUGCCCAAAAAUCAUUUUGAAAAAGCACGUGCUGUAUAUGUUGAUCGGGGAGAUGACCUAAUAUUUGGCAAGGCAUUGAAGAAUGCAAGACACUUGCGCAGUGUGGACUUUAUGUGGACAAAAGCAGUACCCAUUGCCAUAUUUCAGCUAAAAAAUUUGAAAUAUCUUAAUAUGUCAGGACUAGGAUGCUCUGCACUUCCAGAGGUUAUUUCAAAUGUUUGGAGCCUGCAAGCGCUUCAUGUACCAGAUAGUGAUAUUGUCAGUUUGCCUGAAUCCAUAGGUAGGCUGCAGAAGUUAAGGAUACUAAACUUGUCAGGGUGUGGAAGCCUAGAGAGUUUACCUGAUUCUAUUGGUGAUUGCCACAUGAUUUCAAGCAUUGCUCUUCGGAAUUGCACAAGCCUUACAGUGUUGCCAAACUCUAUCGGCAGAAAUAAAAGGCUAAGAGUGUUGAGACUAGGUAACACCAAAAUUGAGAGGCUACCAUCAAGUAUCACAACACUAGAAAAUCUAGAGUGUUUGGACCUUUGCUAUUGUUACAAGCUGGUAGAGCUGCCUGAAUGCUUCGGUAACUUGAAGAAGCUUGAAGUUUUGAACCUAGAAGGAUGUAGAAGUUUGAGAGCCAUGCCGGUAGGCAUCGGACAGCUCCCUCGACUACAAACUAGUAUGAGUUUAUUUGUUGCGGGUGAGGGUGAAAAAUCUGCACGAAUCUCAGAACUUGGAAAUGCAGCUUGGAUUAGUGGGAACCUAACUAUCAGAGGUGUUGAAAAUGUGACAGAUCCAGAUGAUGCACAACAGGCAUGCUUGAAACAAAAGACAAACUUACAGUGCUUGGACCUAGAGUGGGAGUGCGAGAGGGAAAACGACUUGGACAAUGUGAACGCUGAAUUGGAGCAGGCUGUACUUGAUGGUCUGGAACCUCCAUCAGGGAUUAAAAGACUAGACAUUCGUGGGUGUGCAGGUGGGCAAUACGCACGGUGGAUGCUGAAGCAAGCUGGUGGUGGAGCACAGGGGCCUCCUCAAUUCACAUGUUUGACGGUGAUGAGGCUAUCAUGGUUAGUAAACAUAAAGCAUCUGGAGGGGCUUGUGGAGUUGCCUUGUUUGGAGGAGCUUGAGCUGCGAUAUAUGCGCUCUCUUGAGAGCAUAAGCGGAGGCCCAUUUCCUUCGCUGGUGAAGUUAAGUAUGUGGGGACUGGAUCGCCUGAGAGAGGUGUGGAUGGUAACAGAGAGGAUGACCUUGGCUGGUGGGGAGGAGGGAGGAGGCUGCAGCAACCACUUGGGACGAUUGCAAAUUGGUAGUCGUCUAUCACAUUUAAGCAUAUGGCAGUGCCCUGAAUUGAUAGUGAAGCCAUACUUGCCGUCUUCACUGGAGUACUUGAAGUUGUACCGUAGCAACGAACAACAGCUAUCGUUAGGCCAAGGGUCCUCUUGUUCCUCCAGUUUUCAACCCUGUUUUAGUUUUAGCCACCUGAAGGAGCUUGGGCUAGGGAACUUGACAAAACUAUCAUCAGCAUCGCCAUCAAAAUUAGGAUCUGGACAUGGGUGGGACCUGCUGCAACACAUGAUGGCACUUGAGUCCUUGAAUAUUAUCGAUUGUGAUGGCCUAACAGAGCUGCCAGAGAGCAUGCGGAGCCUCACGUCCCUCCAAUCUCUGAGGAUUCAGAGAUGCUAUAAUCUUUUCAUACUGCCCGAGUGGAUAGGGGAACUCCGGUCGCUGCAGGAGAUGAAUAUCUUGGAUUGCCAUAGCCUGAGCAGUCUUCCCCAAUCAAUGGGUCAUCUCACCUCCCUCCGAUAUCUGAGGAUUGAGGAAUGCUCUAAACUCCGGUCACUAGGGGAACUCCGGUCCCGCUGUCGCCUGAGCAGCCUUCCCCAGUCAACGUGUCAUCUCACCUCCCUCCAGGAGCUCCGAAUAGAACGCUGUGAUGCACUUCACCAGUUGCCAGAAUGGCUGGGUGAGCUCCGCUCUCUACGCGAAUUCCGCAUUGACCAUUUGCCAGGCCUGACUUGCCUUCCCCUGUCCAUGUGCCUCCUCACCUCCCUUGAAAAGCUUCAAAUAAUUAACUGCGAUGCACUUCACCAAUUGCCCGAAUGGCUGGGUGAGCUCCGCUCUCUACGCGAAUUUUGGAUUAGCGAAUUGCCAGGCCUGACUUGCCUUCCCCAAUCCAUGUGCCGCCUCACCUCCCUUGAAGAGCUUUACAUGGAGACCUGCGCUGGCAUCAAAUCAUUGCCAGAAUCCCUCGGGGAGCUCCGCUCUCUACGCGUAUUCGGGAUUUGGGGUUUGCCGGGCUUGACUUGCCUUCCCCAAUCCAUGUGCCGCCUCACCUCCCUUGAACAGCUUCGCAUCUUGAACUGCCCUGGCAUCAAAUCCUUGCCGGAGUGGAUAAAAGGCCUCACCGCUCUGCGAUCCUUGAUCAUCCAUGACUGCCCUGAUCUGGCGAGGCGCUGCGAGAGAGGAAAGGGAGAGGACUGGCACCUCAUCUCCCACAUCCCUUUUAUAUGGAUUCGGUAAGCAAUCCUUGUGGAUCCUUAACUGCCCUGAUCUGGCGAGGCGCUGCGAGAGAGGAAAGGGAGAGGACUGGCACCUUAUCUCCCACAUCCCUGAUCUGCAGAUCUUAAGACACGGGCCCCCGCCAAUUUUAUCUGGCAAUUUUAUUUGGACUGAUUGAUGCUGACAAUUUUGAGGUAAUAUACAUUCGUAAAGGGGCAUGCUGCCAACGCCAUUUUUGUUAUUUGUUAAGCCCGCCUAUCAACAACGUCAACUGCUUGCUAGCAAACGAAGCACAUUUCAAGCUAUCUGACUAUCAGAAGAAAUGGAAAAUCAAUCAAAAGGAAGAAAGUUCAUAUGGUGAACGCUUGUACCUGAUGCUGUGUGCUAUGAGAUGUUAUUCAGGUGUUGUUUGUUAGGUGCAUGCUUAGAGCUGAAAAUUCAAUCUACAAUCUAUUAAGUGUUGUCCGCCAGGUUCAGGCAUUCAUGCUCAUUGCAAAUGUCUGGGCUGUCAAGAGGCAGAUAGUAGAUAUCAAGUUGACAGAUCAAGGGAGCAAAACUUCGGAGUUGUAGCAUCCUCGAGCUCUGUGUUUCCAUGAAGAAAAUGCACUACCGCUCACUACUUGUCAUCCUGGUUUUACCAAAGCGAGCCGCUGAAAAUUUUCUUCACCACCUGAUACCACGAAGAAAACUGCUGAAAUUGCCCUGUUAUAUUCGGUGGACCAUUGGAAUGUAUCAAGUACACAACCCUAUCUUACCAGAUUCAACUCAUUCCUUGGAUUCUACUUUUCAAAACAAUGUUUAUCACUGAUUUCAGAACAACCACGAAAUGAUACAUCAUAGUUACCUUC